AUGUCCAGCAAACCGUCCCGUCUUGUCUCGUCGCCUAGCCCAACCCACCAUACACCGAAGCUGCCUCGGUUUCUGCAGAAACAAACGAGAGAUAGGUCCAAAUCCCUCGCCGACCCCUCCGGGAGUACGAGCAGCACCGCGAGUUCGUCUUCAUCGGGCUCGAAUCCUGUCCCAGACACGCCCACAGACCAGAAGGGGAUCAAGAAGAGCUUCCGGGGGAAGGAACGCGAGGAGAAGCGGCGCCAAUCGCAGGACGACGACAGCCUAGUCGGCGACGACAACACCGGCGACGAGCCUCCCAUCAUCGUCGAGCCCGUCAACAUCCCCCGCCCUCGUACUCGCUCUGAGCGGCCAUUGUCUGAGAACGCAUUCCCCCAGGUAGCAUUCUAUCCUUCCAGCUCAUCUUCCCGCCUUUCCGACCUCCCCACUCGCCUCUCAGGCUGGUUCUCGCAUACUUUCAGCUCAUCCUCCACCGACCUCUCGCUUCCGUCUUUACUCACACAACAACACGUCGCCUCAACUACAACUGGCUCACCCCGGGCAAAGGGUUCUGCACUGCUCACAGCAGCUCGACACGGCAAGGGUCAUCUUGACAAGGCGAUGCGAUAUCUGCUCGACAGUGAUGCAACGCCCGACAAAUGUGCAGAGCCGAUCUGGCUCUUGGGCGUCGAACAUCCGGGGUACGAGCCCACACCGCCGCCCACAGCGUCGGCACUGGCAUUGAGUGCUAGCGCAGGUGGAGGAGGUCUCGGGCGCCGGGGGUCGGUCGAGUCGCGCAAGUCGCCGUCCUCAUUACGGUCCUCGGCGUCGUCUUCUCCUGUUGCACCCAACUCUCCCAUUAGUUUUGAUCCAUCUCUUACGCAAUCGCAGCCGUCGCCGUCUUCCGCACAUCCGAAGGACCCAUCGAAGAAUUGGCCGCCGGUGUUUUAUUCCGACUUUACUUCCCGAAUAUGGCUUACAUAUCGUUCACAAUUUGAACCGAUUCGAGAUACGUCACUUUCAGCUCUUAAUUAUGAUAUGGAUGAGCGCGCUGCGCCGACAAGCAGCCCACAGCCGAAAAGGUGGAAUUGGGGGCUUGGUGGAGAGAAGGGGUGGACAAGCGAUUCUGGUUGGGGAUGUAUGCUGAGGACGGGGCAAUCUCUACUUGCGAACGCACUAUUGCAUUUGCAUUUGGGACGAGAUUGGCGAAGACCACCAUAUCCUAUAUACACAGCUGACUUCGCAACCUACGUACAGAUUAUCUCAUGGUUCCUCGAUGACCCCUCCCCCCUUUGCCCUUUCAGCGUACAUCGAAUGGCUCUUGUCGGGAAAGAGCUGGGAAAGGACGUUGGUCAAUGGUUUGGUCCCAGCACGGCUGCUGGUGCAAUUAAGACCCUAGUUCAUGCGUUCCCUGAGGCGGGAUUGGGUGUUUCUGUCGCUGUAGAUGGCGUGAUAUAUCAGUCGGAUGUGUAUGCAGUUUCCAGAUCUACCAUGGGGCUGGGCUCUCCACGAAAACAUGGACGGCCAUCGUGGGGUGACCGUGCUGUUUUGGUACUCAUUGGAAUUCGAUUAGGCAUUGACGGAGUGAAUCCAAUUUACUAUGACUUGAUCAAAGCUCUAUACACGCUACCUCAGACUUUAGGCAUUGCUGGCGGCCGCCCUUCCUCCUCUUAUUACUUUGUCGGUUCACAAGCAAACAACCUCUUCUAUUUGGACCCACACCACGCUCGUCCUACAAUCCCUCUUCGUCCACCUCCUCGUGAUAGUCCAUCACCGGGUGGUAGAGAUCCGGCUGACCGUCAGAUGUCCCCUGAUACGCCAUAUUCUUCCGAUCGCGAGCGCGAGCGCGAACGUGCUCCUCGUAAAGGCCUUCAUUUCCGCUCCCCCACUACACCGUCUUCGGGACGCUCGAGUGGUGCAUCUAGCUUUUCAAACCGCUCGCCUGCGGCGCCUUCCCCAUUACAACAGCAGGUCUCGUCUUCGUCCAGUGCAUCUAUGUCUCAGUCUUCAACACAAUCGCACAUGCGCUGGCAGUCGUCAAGUGCCCUCCCAGAUGAUUCGGAAAUGGAUUCUCGCGAGCUGGGGCUAGGUGCUGAUCUAGAUCCUCUGCAACGCCAUUAUGCAACAGCAUAUUCUGCCACGGAACUGAAGACGUUUCACUGCGACCGCGUCAGGAAAAUGCCACUGUCUGGUCUGGAUCCCAGUAUGCUCAUUGGGUUCCUGUGUAAAGACGAGAAUGAUUGGAUCGACUUACGAAGGCGACUCACCGAGCUGUUCAAUACACACAAGCGGCACAUUUUCUCCAUACAAGACGAGCCUCCUAAUUGGCCAUCCGACUCGGAGGACAAUAUUGGUCUUGAAUCGAUUUCAGAGCCAGAUAUUGAUCUUCCCGAAGAAGAUGACGAACUUUCAGAUCCUCGUUCGACCUCUGCGUCCCCUGAUGCCAGCAUGCAAGGGACUGGAUCCAAAUCGGAGCUGGAUACCGAAGACGACCCGAUUGAUCCCGUCACGCCUGGUGCAGGCAAAUCCUCGUUCGAAAUACCCGAGCAAACGAAGAGCGAGCCAGAGCCAGACGAUCCGAUUGAUUUCGACGACGAGGAAGACGAGGAGUGGAUGGACCCUGCUCCAUAUCCGCCGACAACCCCAGACGUCGAGUCAGCCCCACCUCUUAUACCGCACCAGCAGCUGCAGGCGCCACCAAUCGCUGUAUCAAACUCAACUGACUCAACGCUGAGUACAGCAUCGACUGGGAGCGGCAAGAAACGGAAGAAGUCAAGGAAGGGGACAUUGAAGAACAAAGCAUCGCCCCCUCAGGCCCAGACACCCGUGCAAUUCCCGUUCCCGGCGACGAGUCCCGCGGAGGAGUUGCCAGUCGAGGUUGCGGCGGGUAAUUCGGGCAGUAAACGCGUGCCCCAAAUGCGUACGGCGAAAGCCAGAGACGGCGGACGCACUCAGAGCGGCGGGGUCAGAGGCGUUCCCGCCGACGAUAUCGACGACGACUGUUAG